GCAGCAGCAGCAGCAGCAGAUCCAUCAGCAAUCAGCAGCAGCGCCGCCCACAGCUUCAUCCAGAGCCCCAUAGACCCGCAGCCGCAACUCUAUCUCGAGCAGCUGCAGCAGCAGCAGCACCUUGAGCAGCAGCACCUUGAGCAGCAGCAGCAGCAGCAGCAGCAGGACUCUCUGCAGCACUCCGGAAGCUUGCUCGAGACUUCUUUGUCGCGUGUGGCGGGCACUACGCGCUCCGCUGCUGCCGCUGCCGCCCCCGCCCCCGCAGCAGCAGCAGCAGCAGCAGCAGCAGGGUCUUUGCUGCAGCUGCAAGCAGCAGCAAAGUCUCCCGCGCUGUUUGCUGGCCAAGUUGCUGCUGCUUCCGUGGAAAUGAUGCCGGACACAGAAGAGCAAAUUGCGCUGCUGCCGAAUUGUGUCUUCUACACUUCUUACCCCGGCACUUGCAUUCCAGAAACUGCGCACUCGCCCUGCAGGUCCAAACCCUAA